AGAGAUCCUCACUUAAACAUGACAGUCUGUGGCCUCAUCACGAAGUCUCAGGAGCCAGUGCCCUUGCAAAGCAUCUCCGUGGAUGUGGCAGUCCAAGGUUUUGUGGCUGAUGUGGUGUCUGAGCUUCGGUACAAGAAUGAAGAAAAGGCCACAGUGGAAGUUACCUUUGUUUUCCCUCUGGAUGAUGAAGCUGCUGUCUAUGCCUUUGAGGGCCUGAUCGGUGGGACGCGGAUUGAAGCCCAGAUCCGAGAGAAGAAGCAGGCACAGCAGGAAUACGAGGAUGCCCUGAGCGAAGGACGGGAAGCCUUCCUGCUUGAGAGGGAGACAAACACCAGUGACAUUUUCACCUGCAGUCUGGGCAACCUUCCUCCAGAUGGGGAGGCCACACUGAAGCUGCGCUAUGUCCAGGCAUUGGCUCUAGAACCUGAUGGGGCCGUCCGCUUUGUCCUGCCUGCUGUGCUGAACCCGCGCUACACACCCCAGGGGUCAGAAGGGGACACCGUCACCAUGGGCAUACCACGAGUGCCCAGGGAAAAGCUUCCGUAUACGCUCAGCCUCAGUGCCACACUGGAGUCCUCCCACGGCAUCAACCGGGUGGAAUCCAAAUGCACUCUUGUGCCCCUUCGCUUCACAGCAGAAGACCGUACUGCUGCCCAGAUCUCCUUGGAUGAAGGGCACCAGUUUGACCGAGAUGUGGAGCUGCUGAUUUAUUAUGAAGAAGUUCACAAGCCCAGUGCAGUCCUCGAGGCUGGGAAGCCUGGAGCUGCACCAGGCUCCCUGAUGGGGGACCCAGCACUUCUGGUUACCCUGUACCCCAACUUGCAAUGUGCCUCCAAACCAGGCCUGAAUGCCACCGGGGAGUUCAUCUUCCUGCUGGAUCAGUCUUGCAGCAUGCAUUGCAGUACUGAUAACAACAGCUCUGAUGCACCACCGCGUAUUCAGAGCGCCAAGGAGACCCUGAUUCUGCUGCUAAAGAGCCUCCCCCUGGGCUGCUACUUCAACAUUUACAGAUUUGGAUCCACCUAUGACUCGUUCUAUCCGCAGAGCGUAGAGUACACCCAGCAGACCAUGUCAGAAUGUCUCCAGCGUGUGAAAGACCUACAGGCUGACUUGGGGGGCACAGAGAUUCUACGACCACUGAAGGCCAUUUACAGCCAGGCUGGCCGAAAAGGACAUCCACGCCAGCUGUUUGUAUUCACAGAUGGAGAGGUAUCUAACACAGAUGAGGUCAUUGCCGAAGUUCAACGUCACAGCAGCUCCCACAGGUGCUUCUCCUUUGGCAUUGGCGAAGGGGCCUCCACAGCCCUCAUCAAAGGCAUUGCUCGAGCAGCCGGGGGCAGUGCAGAAUUCAUCACGGGCAAGGAACGCAUGCAGGCCAAGGCACUGCAAUCUUUGAAGAAGGCCCUGCAGCCAUCAGCAACAGGGAUCUCACUCCAUUGGGAUUUGCCUUCCAGUCUUAAGGCCAUCCUUGUGGGGCCCAGCCCCAAGGUCAUCUUCGAAGGACAGCGCAGCCUCAUUUAUGCCCAGAUCCGUGGGCAGCAUCAGUUUCUCAGGUGCCUAAGAGAGGGCUGUUGUGCUCUGCAGUCCUCUGGUGCCUCGGAGGGGGCUGUUGUGCUCCAGUACAUCUUCCAAGACCAGACCUUCACGGAGACGAUGAAGUUCCCUCUCCAAGCUCAGGAGAGUGAUGGGCUCCCUGUUCAUCGCCUGGCAGCUCGAGCCCUGUUGCAGGAGCUGGAGGGUACUGGAAAGAAGGAUGAAGAAAAGCAGCGCCAGGCUCUGGAGACGAGCCUGAGCUCCAGGGUGGUGUGUUCACAGACAGCCUACGUGGGGGUGAACACAGCCCUGGGCCAGCCAGUGCAAGGCCCCCUUAUCCACCGAGAUGUCCCCCUUGCAUUUCUGCUCUUUGGUCAGUUCCAGGCCAGUGUUCCAGAACUGAAGAAGCCCAGUCAGGAAGAACAACUGCCCACACCCAAGAAAGAGGAACCCCCUCUCUUGAGGCUGGUCUCUCUUCAGAAUGCUGAUGGCUCCUGGGUCCUUGAUUCUAGCCUGGCCGAUCUGCUGGGCCUGAGCGAGGCUGAGAUCUCUAGCAAAACACCUGACCAGGUGACCCCCAACGUGUGGGCAACCGUGCUGGCCAUCCUCUGGCUCCACUCCAAAGCUGCAGAGCAGAGUGAUGAGUGGCAGCUCCUGGAAGCGAAAGCACUCAGGUGGCUUCAAGGAAACGCAGAUCAACAUCUGCUGGUGGUCCCUGGCCCCAAAGAUAUUUCCGUGGCCUCAACCAGGGCCUGGUGGAAUAUGCUCCCAGUUGAGACCCAGGCCCUGCGGGACUUAUUAUUACAGUUCUACCAGGUGUGUAAAACAGAGAUGUUCCACCAGGCCUAUGAGAGUGAUUGA